AUGGCUUCACUACCCAAGAGGAUUAUCAAGGAAACAGAAAGGCUUGUUAGCGACCCUGUGCCCGGGAUCACUGCUGAGCCACAUGAAGACAAUCUGAGAUACUUCGAGGUCACCAUCGAGGGACCCCAACAAUCCCCCUACGAGCACGGCGUCUUUAAACUAGAGCUGUUUCUCCCAGACGACUAUCCAAUGGAAGCUCCGAAAGUUCGCUUCCUAACCAAGAUAUACCAUCCUAACAUUGACAAGCUGGGCCGGAUUUGUCUGGACGUCUUGAAAACCAAUUGGUCUCCCGCGUUGCAGAUAAGGACAGUGCUGCUAUCGAUCCAAGCACUACUGGCCAGUCCCAAUCCAAACGACCCACUAGCUAACGACGUCGCGGAGGAUUGGAUCAAGGACGAGGAAGGUGCCAUUCGGAAAGCCCGCGAAUGGACUGAGCUUUAUGCCAAGAAGAAAGACAGCAGUGACGGCAGUUGA